AUGCCCCCUUCAGCCCCCAGUCCCAGCGGCGCGGCCCGACCCCGAGGCCCUGGGGAGGUCGCCGCGCCCCGAGGGGGCACGCCAUACAAGGGACUUUCCUCCUCCGAGGCCCCUGAGGAGGAGGGGCGGUGUUCCCGCUCCCUGAGUCACGCGGGCUCCGACGGUCCCCGCAGCCCCCUGCCCCCUGCCCCCUCCGCACCCCGCGCUCCCCGGCCGCCCCGGGCCGGCCGCGCCUCCGCCGCAGCGCGAAGGGACCCCGAUCCCGAGAGCGGGCCCUCGGGGCCGCGGGGCCCAGGCCCGGGCAGCAGCCGCCUCGGCCCCCGGUGCCACCCCGCCCCGCUCCGCUCUCCACCUGCGCCCGUCGUCCCGCAGGUCCCCAGCGCCUCCCACCCUCCCUCCCUCCCUCCCUCCCACUGCGCCCGGGAGGAAAUGGGGCACUGGGCCAGGAGGCCGCGGGCACCCCAGGAGCGGGCAUCCUUGCAAGGCACUGGGCGUGCCCGUGGGCGCUGGCAGGGGGCCGAGCCCGGCGUGCGGGCGGCGGCCAGCGUGCGCCCGACCCCCGCGCCAGCCACCUGGGGCGUCGGGGCUUUCCUCUGCUGUCCAGGGCGUCCCCGUGGCAGCCUGGGGGGGCGGGGAGCCUUCAAGCCCCCGACGACCUGCUGGGCCGGCUCUGCGCGCUUGGGCCUGGGUGGGCCCCGGGGUGAGCCGAGCACAGGGGGCCCCGGCGUACUCGCGGCUCCGCGCCAACCUGGGACGGGGCCCAGCCGGGGAAUGUGGCCCAUAGGAGGAGCCCCUGCCUUCGCGCCUGGCCACACCCCUGCCCCAGCCCCCAUGGAGCGCCGCAGCCCCGGAACCAGCUCCCCGGGGCCACACUGGCUGCGGACGGUCCCAGGUGGCCACUCGCGCUCAGCCCGCACAACGUCCUGCUCUCGGGGCCCUUCUUCCCCAGACAGUAACGCGGUGGCUGGCUCACGGGCACCCACUUGGCCCACGUCGCGCCAGACGGCCCGACACCCUAUGUCUGGGGGACCCCUGCGGCCUGGGGCUCCCACAGCCCUGGGCGCGGAUGGACGUUCGCGGGUAAAGCAGGGCCGGCAGCCCCCGGGCACCGCGCUCCCAAGUUCAGGAAUCCCAGCUGCGCCCGGCCUGGGCGCGGUUCCGCGCCGGCGCCUGCGUUCUUGGCGCCCCUCCGCCCUCCUUCGGCUCCCCGGGCCGGGCCGCAGGCUGCGCGGCGGCCGUGUCGCGCGGAGGCCUCACCUGCUGUCCCUGCGAGCGGCCCGCGACUGCGGGGGUGGCGCCGGGGUCGCCUCUGCGCCCGCGCCCGGCGCCUCGGGGUUCCGCUGGCGUCCGCUGAGCGCCGCGCGCCUCCACGCGAAUGGGCCGCCGCUGCCCGCCUUCUUUUGGCCCGGCUGGGAGCCCCCUGCGGACCACGACUGGGUGCAGCCUGCAGUGCGGGAGGGCGCCUGGCCGCGGCCCGGUACUGCUGACCGGGUGGGCACCUCCGCUCUGGCGCUGCCAGGCCCCCUUCCUCUUCCACAGGCCUACUUCUUGUGCAGGCUCUCCACGGCCUUGCAACCUCGCGCGCUCACCCGCGAGUACGCCGGGGCCCCCUGUGCUCGGCUCACCCCGGGGCCCACCCAGGCCCAAGCGCGCAGAGCCGGCCCAGCAGGUCGUCGGGGGCUUGAAGGCUCCCCGCCCCCCCAGGCUGCCACGGGGACGCCCUGGACAGCAGAGGAAAGCCCCGACGCCCCAGGUGGCUGGCGCGGGGGUCGGGCGCACGCUGGCCGCCGCCCGCACGCCGGGCUCGGCCCCCUGCCAGCGCCCACGGGCACGCCCAGUGCCUUGCAAGGAUGCCCGCUCCUGGGGUGCCCGCGGCCUCCUGGCCCAGUGCCCCAUUUCCUCCCGGGCGCAGUGGAGAGCGGAGCGGGGCGGGGUGGCACCGGGGGCCGAGGCGGCUGCUGCCCGGGCCUGGGCCCCGCGGCCCCGAGGGCCCGCUCUCGGGAUCGGGGUCCCUUCGCGCUGCGGCGGAGGCGCGGCCGGCCCGGGGCGGCCGGGGAGCGCGGGGUGCGGAGGGGGCAGGGGGCUGCGGGGACCGUCGGAGCCCGCGUGACUCAGGGAGCGCGAGCCGCGCCCAGCGCGUCAGUCCUGCGCCGCUUUCCUGUCCUGGCCGGUUUCUGCCGGUUCGACUUGCGUAGGUCCCCACCCCCGCCCUCCCGACCCCGACACGCCAGCCGGUGA